AAAAUGCAAAUUUAUUUAUUUAUAAUUUUUUCGUUUUUAUUCCAAUUUGGAAUUUGUCAAUUUGAUAGAGUUGAUCUUUCUGAUAAUAAAGGUAGAUUUAUUCGUCCUUGUUAUUUCACAAAUUGGGCAAUAUAUAGAAGUGGUCGUGCAAAAUUCGCUCCAGAGGAUUAUGCGCCGGGGCUUUGCACACAUAUAUUUUAUGCUUUUGCUUAUUUUAAUGAGAGCUUUGAAGCAUACGCGAUUGAUCCUAACGAUUUACCUAAUGACUCAGAUCCUCUAGGACAAUAUGCUCGUGUUGUUGCGCUAAAGGUAGAAAUGUAG